GCGAAUUACUGAUUCGCUUACAGAAAGCGAAAUUACUGUCCCAGUGUAAUGCGUCAGAUCCUGUAAGAGUGAUGUUUUUGUAUAACAAAAGUGUAGUGGUGAUACUAUAGUCCACACCUGUUUUCUUCUUUGACAGUUAUUAUCGAAAAAUUGGACAUUUUCAACUUUUAUAGGAGGAAAUAAAUUGUCAUGAUUCUUCUGAAUAUUUUUUUACACUAAACAUACUUGUCAAAACUCAUUUUUCUGGCUUUUUUAACUAAAAAUUGCGGAGGUUCAGGUUCACCGAAUCUUAUGUAACAGAAUUUCUACGUGCUCGGUUUAAAAAUUAUAAUUUAUUCUCUUAAAUCGCACAUUACUGUUACUGACUGUUCCCAUAUAUUUUUGGCGUACAGUUGUUCUACUGUGUUUUCGAUGAAAUGGUUCGAAAGAGUGCACGCCUUGCGAACAAGCGAAAGAAUCAGGAUGCCAAAAGGGGAGGUACCAAGGCUAUAAAGACUAAAGAAGAGACACCAAAUGAUGAACUUGUGUCCAUAGAGGAAAACAUGUCUGCAUUGGACUCUAUCAAAUCCGACAAAACACCGCCUACGAGUCCAGAGAUAGACGAGUUGCGAAGUCAAAACAAGGAGCAGAAUGGUACAAACGGCAUAAAUAGCUUUGCUAGUGACGACGAUGAUGACGACGAUGAUGAUGAGGGUGACUGGGAACAAGUCGAUUUAUCAUCACCGAAACCAGGUUCUCCCGCUCCAGGAAAAAAGAAGAAGGUUGAUGACUCUGUUGAAAUAGAAAUGAAGCCAGUGGAACAGUCUCUUACCAGUGCGUUCCACAGCUCUAUCCGAGGUAAGAUUGUGAAAAUUAUCCGAAACAGUGUUCAUACAAUGCACACCGUGUGUCUAAUUCUUCAUGGUUCGUUUCGUAAUCGUUGGAUAAACAAUGACGAGCUUCGUUCAAAACUGAAAGACGUGGUGACAGAAAAGCAAAAGGACCUCGUUACUCAAUGGGGGAAGUCUGAGCACAAACACGAUGAUUUGGUGUGUUUGUUAAAUGGCUUGCGGGCUUGGUGGCAUCGUUCAUUCAACAUUGAUGAACACGGUCUUCGAAAGCUCGGAUACCAAAAACUCGGUGCGGAAAAGAUCACUUUUGAGUCGGAGAAGAUUGAGAAUGAAACUGCUUUCCGAGAAAAGGUACUUGCCAUGCACGGCAGUAGAGAUUUGUCAGCUCAAGGCUUCACGGCUGUAUGUCGAGCAAUUGGCUUGCGAACUCGAUUAGUAUUUUCCCUGCAACCACUUACCUUUAGUACUGCUUCGUUUGAUAACUUUUCGCCAUCUGUCCUGCCUCCUAAAAACAUCGAAAAAUCAGCUGUGGAUGCUGACUUACAGUAUCCGCUGUUUUGGACGGAAGUUUGGGACGAUGACGGGAAGCAAUGGCUUGCUGUGGACGCAGCUGUUCUGAACGGAUUAUACACAACUAAUAUGACUUGGUUUGAGCCGAAGGGAUCACUUGCCGAAACGAAGAAACUUCGUAUUGCUAUAGUCAUCGCAUAUGAACCGGACUUAUACGCAAAAGAUGUUACGAAACGUUACGCCGAUCUUUCCUCGGCCAAGUCAAAACGUAUUCGUAUAACAGCCCCGAAUGUGCUGAAGACAAUAAAUCCGUACGAACUUGUGCUUCGGCAUUUUCAGCGGCCGGUGCCUGACGCUGUAGAUAAGCUGGAACAAGAGUUUUUGGCUUCGAAAGACCUUCCAAAGGAACCUAAAAGCUUGGCUGAUUUCAAAAACCAUCCCACAUAUGUUUUGGAACGCCAUCUAAAACGCGAGGAAGCACUUCGACCGGGAGCUAAACCUGUUAUGAAAAAGACAUUUGGCAAUGGCAACAAAGCAGCCGAGGUUGACGUGUAUCUGAGGGCCGACGUCUUGAUUUGCAAAACUCCCGAAAACUAUCAUAAGGAGGGUCGUGUAAUAAAGACUGGCGAACAGGCUCGGAAACUCGUGAAGGCACGAGCGGUAACGCUCACUCGCAAACGUGAGCACGAAAGCCGUGUGGCCGACUCAAACGAGCCUGUGCUCCAAGGCUUGUACUCAUACGAUCAAACAGAGCUGUACAUUCCACCCCCUAUUCAAAAUGGUCAUAUUCCCAAAAAUGGCUAUGGGAACAUGGAUUGUUUCGUGGAAUCAAUGAUACCCCAGGGAGCUGUUCACCUUCCCUAUCGCGGAAUUGCUCGCAUAGCCAGGCAGCUCAAUGUUGACUUUGCUGACGCUGUCACUGGAUUCGACUUUCGUAAGCAGCGGGCUAUUCCCGUUACCACUGGUAUCAUUGUGGCCGAGGAAAAUGCUGAACUGGUAAAGCAGGAAUGGGAAAAGUACGAAGUACAGCGUGUUGAACGCGAGCGAAAAAAGCAGGAGAAACUAGCUUUAAACUGCUGGAAGCGACUAGCUCAUGGAUUGCUUAUUCGAAGGCGUAUUGCACAAGAAUACGGAGGCGAUUAAAAGAACUAGUGUGCUGCUGUUGUGUGCAAAAACAUAGUUUCGCUAUUCCCUCUUUUCGUUUUCUUUUUUUUUUUCAUGAGCUCCCCCUAUAGAACGCUGUGUUAAAAUUUACUUCCUAUUCAUUUUUAUGACCAAAUUCGUUUAUUAAAGCGACUAAUUCGCUUUGUUUUUGUUAUGUUUUACUUUAAUAAUUUUAAUUUUUUUGAGCUAUGGAAACUAUUUACGAUAUAAUCGUUUAGUCUUGGUUAAUAAAUGUGAAUAUGCCUAUUGAAUCUUCUUCAUUGUA